UAGGCAGCACAGCCCCACCAGAGACCCAGUGGCUUCUGGUUUGUGCGGAGAUGGCCCUGGGACUGCAGCUUCGGCGGCAUGUGCUGGCUGGACUCCUGCUCUGUCUGUGCGCCGGGCGAUGGGCCGAGGCUGGGAAGGUGCUGGUGGUCCCCAUGGAGGGCAGCCACUGGCUCAGCAUGCGGGAGGCUGUGCGGGAGCUCCAUGCCAGAGGUCACCAAGCGGUGGUCGUCGCUCCAGAGGUGAAUAUGCACAUCAAGGCAGAAGACUUUUUCAUCAUGAAAACCUACAGUAUUCCCUACACACAGGAGAAAUUUGAUUCCCUCAUGAAGACUCAUGUACAUCUGCUUUUUGAAAAAGUACAUUGGGUAACGAUGUUUUUGCAAACUAUGGCAUCUUUGAAAAAGGCGUCUUUGCUCUUUGAAAGGUCUUGUGAGGGGCUGUUGUAUAACAAGGAUCUGAUCAGGCACCUGAAUGCCAGUUCCUUCGAUGUGGUUUUAACGGACCCUGUUCACCCCUGCGGGGCAGUGCUGGCUAAGUACUUGUCCAUUCCUGCUGUGUUUUUUUUGCGUUCUGUUCCCUGUGACUUAGAUGUUGAGGGCACAGCAUGCCCAAACCCUUUCUCUUAUGUUCCUCGAUUAUUAACAACAAAUCCAGACCGCAUGACAUUCUUCCAAAGGGUUAAGAACAUGCUCUACCCUCUGAGUCUGAAGUACAUUUGCUGGGUUUCUUUCACUCCUUAUGAACGCAUGGCCUCCGAGCUUCUUCAGAGAGAGGUGUCACUGGUGGAGAUUCUUGCCUCUGGAUCCAUGUGGCUGUUCAGAGGAGACUUUGUGAUGGACCAUCCGCGGCCAAUCAUGCCCAACAUGGUGUUCAUUGGGGGUAUCAACUGUGCCAACAGGAAACCGUUAUCUCAGCUUGAUUGAGAUAUAGUUGACAGGUUUCCC